UAACGAAUAAAAAUAAAACAUACUAUAGAUUAAGUAUUCUCUCUUUUAUACUUCUGCAAAUCCUUACAUGAAAGUCAAUAACACCCCAUUUCUCACUAACCUCCGUCAGGUUGGGCGCGUCGGUCGAAUCAAAAGAUUGGGAAGUACGUCUGGUUUUGAUUAAAAUUUGAUUCUGCAUACCAAUAAGGUUCAAAUGGAGAGGUACAUGAUUGUGUAAGUUAUCCAUCACUGAUCAUAAUUUAGAAGCCCAAUGGAGAGACAUCCUUUGAAGAUAAGAAGAUGAUGGAAUUGGUUUUAUCACGUAGUUAUUACCUUUGCUUCUUGCUUCUUCAUAUCCAAACUACUUUAGCUCAAGAAGGUUUUGUAAGUAUAAAUUGUUGUAGCUCAUCGAAUGCUAUUACAAAUGAUCCAAAUACCAAUAUAAGUUGGAUUUCAGAUAACGAUUCAUUCCGAAACGGCAACGGGAAAUGCAAAAGCAUAAAUUACAAUCAAAAUGCUCGAAUAUUUGAAAAUGCAUUUGGGAACAAAUGGUGUUACAAUUUGACUACGACAAAGGGUAAAGAUUAUUUGAUUAGAGGCACAUUUCUAGAUGGCCCUCUAUUACGUUCCUCGAACGAUACUUUCUUUAACAUAUCAACUGAUGCAACAUCAGUAGCCCAAGUUAAUUCUUCCAUCUUCUCGGUAGAAGUCGAAAGCAUUUUCCGGGCAACUAAUCAGCAUAUAAACUUUUGUUUAGUAAGGGGUAAAGGAAAUGCUUACAUUUCUAAGCUUGAACUAAGGCCCUUGAGUAAUGACUUGGUUUAUCUAAGCAGUGAUCCAUCAAAAGUUCUCAAGGUUGUUAAGAGGCUGGACUUGGGCAACAAACAUGCAGUAGUUAGGUAUCCAAAUGAUCAGAACGAUCGAAUAUGGAAGGUUGAUAAAGCGCAAAAAGAUGGUACUCCGAUAUCGUCAAAUGUCAAAGUUCGUAACAAUGCCAAAACUUCCGUACCAUUACAAGUAUUACAAACUGCUUUAACUGAUGAUAAGCGACUACAGUUUGGGUUCGACAACAUUGAUACGGGUGAUAACGAGUACGUGAUUGCACUCUAUUUUCUUGAGCUUGAUGAUUCCGUUGGUGUUGGGCAGAGGGUGUUUGAUAUUUACAUCAAUGGUGAACUGAAGUUCGAGAAUUUUGAUAUAUUAGGAGGUGAAGCCGGAUCAAAUUAUAGAGAAAUUGUUCUGAGGUUUACUGCAAACAAGUUCCUGAACGUGAACUUAAUCAAGGUGUCCAAUGGUUCUGAAUUUGGUCCCAUAUGCAAUGCCUAUGAGGUUUUACAACUCCAUUCUUGGGUUCAAGGAACUCUUCAAAACGAUAUUGAUGCAAUUACUGAAGUGAAAGAUGAAUUGGUGGCUCAAAACCCAGAGAAUGAGUUAUGGGAAAGUUGGACUGGAGAUCCAUGUCUUCCUCUUCCUUGGGGAGGUCUUUUCUGCAUACCUAACAACCAGGGUUCCUUCAUCAUCACUAUCCUGGAUCUAUCAUGGAAAAAUCUUCAAGGAUCACUACCUUCCAGUGUCACUAAACUGUCCAAUUUGGAGAAACUGGAUGUUAGCCAUAACGAAUUUGUUGGGUCUAUUCCUGACUCAUUUUCAUCGAUGCCGCAUUUAACAAGAUUGUAUUUUGGAUGCAACCCUCAGUUCAAAAAUGUUCUUCCUUCCAGCUUAAUGGAUCGGUCAAAUCUUACUACAGACUCUGGAAAAUGUGCUCAAGCCUCUAAACGUUCACUGUACUUCAUAGGAACUGUUGCGAGUGGUGCUGUUUUUUUCAGUGUUGUGUUUGGUGCCCUCUUUCUGUGCUUUUACAGAAAACGGAGAAAGUCUCAAAGUAGAGUGGAAGAAGAGAUCCAAAUAACAAACGAUGUAAUUUUUUCUAUAGCCAGCAUGGACAGCCUGUUUGUGAAGUCAAUAUUCAUCGAACCUUUUAGUUUGGAUUCAAUUGAAACUGCCACGAGCAAGUACAAAACCAUGAUAGGUGAAGGAGGAUUCGGAUCUGUCUAUCAUGGUACUCUGCACAAUGGUCAAGAAGUGGCUGUGAAGGUCCUGUCAGCAACCUCAACUCAAGGAACUCGUGAAUUUGAAAAUGAGCUAAAUCUGCUAUCAUCUGUUCAACAUGAGAAUUUGGUUCCCCUUCUGGGCUAUUGUUGCGAAAAAGAUCAACAAAUUCUGGUGUAUCCCUUUAUGUCCAACGGCUCUCUACAAGAUCGCCUCUAUGGGGAAGCAGCAAAAAGGAAAACUUUAGACUGGCAAACCAGACUCUCUGUAGCACUUGGUGCUGCACGAGGUUUAUUAUAUCUGCACACGUUUUCUGGUCGCGCUAUCAUACAUAGAGAUGUAAAAUCGAGCAACAUUCUUCUGGAUCAUACCAUGACUGCUAAGGUCGCAGACUUUGGGUUUUCUAAAUAUGCUCCUCAAGAAGGGGAUAGUAAUGCUUCUCUGGAAGUAAGAGGAACAGCUGGGUAUUUGGAUCCUGAGUACUACUCGACCCAGCAUUUAUCUGCAAAAAGUGAUGUCUUCAGCUUUGGUGUGGUGCUCCUGGAGAUCAUAACCGGUCGGGAGCCACUGAAUAUACACAGACCACGCAGUGAAUGGAGCUUAGUUGAAUGGGCAAAACCAUUAGUCCAGGAAUCAAAAAUAGAAGAUUUGGUGGAUCCAAGUAUAAAAGCAGGGUAUAAUGCAGAAGCAAUGUGGAGGGUGGUUGAAGUUGCAAUAACUUGUCUUGAGCCCUUAUCUGCUUACCGACCAUGCAUGUCAGUUAUCACACGUGAGCUAGAGGAUGCCCUAAUUAUAGAGAUUAAUGCAUCUGAAUACAUGAAGUCCAUUGACAGCUUUGGGGGAUCUCAUCGAUGGUCUUUUGCAGACAAGAAGAUUGUCCUUCCUGCUCCCACUACUCCAUCUACAACAGAACCAUCCCCUAUCACCUCACAAGCUUUGGCUCCUCCAGAGCCAAGGUAGUAGAUAGGUUUAAAGUGAGCAUACAAAGCUAAUAUUUGUGUAAUACACUCAACUUCAUUGACAUGUAAACUUAGGCAGGUGGAUCUCAUUAUGACUUGCAGAAAUAGUAAAUUACUGAGCUAUACUGCCAGAGAAACUAUAUAAAUCGUUUUUAAAUCUACAGCUGAAACAGGUUUUGCUGCC